AUGAACAUCGCGCUGCAGGAGCUGGGCGGCGGCGGUAAUAUGGUGGAGUACCGACGGGCCACGCUGCGGGAAGACGACGCACCCGAGACCCCCGUAGAGGGCGGAGCCUCCCUGGACACUGUGGAGGUGGGGUUCCAGAAGAGGACGGGACACCUCUUCGGCUUGCACACCCAGCUGGAGCUGGUCUUGGCAGGGGUCUCUCUACUGCUGGCUGCGCUGCUUCUGGGCUGCUUUGUGGCCCUGGGGGUCCAGUACCACAGAGACCCUUCCCACAGCACCUGCCUCACAGAGGCCUGCAUUCGAGUGGCUGGGAAAAUCCUGGAGACCCUGGACCGCGGGGUGAGCCCCUGUGAGGACUUUUACCAAUUCUCCUGCGGAGGCUGGAUUCGGAGGAACCCCCUGCCUGACGGGCGUUCUCGCUGGAACACGUUCAAUAGCCUCUGGGACCAGAACCAAGCCAUACUGAAGCACCUGCUCGAAAACACCACCUUCAAUUCCAGCAGCGAAGCUGAGCGGAAGACACAGCGCUUCUACCUAUCCUGCCUACAGGUGGAGCGCAUCGAGGAGCUGGGAGCCCAGCCGCUGCGAGACCUCAUUGAAAAAAUUGGUGGUUGGAAUGUUACGGGGCCCUGGGACCAAGACAACUUCAUGGAGGUGCUGAAGGCAGUAGCGGGGACCUACAGGGCCUCCCCCUUUUUCACCGUCUACAUCAGCGCUGACUCUAAGAGUUCCAACAGCAAUGUUAUACAGGUGGACCAGUCUGGGCUCUUUCUACCUUCUCGAGAUUACUACCUAAACAGGACCGCCAAUGAGAAAGUGCUUACUGCCUACCUGGACUACAUGGAAGAGCUGGGGGUGCUGCUGGGUGGACAGCCAGCCUCCACACGGGAGCAGAUGCGGCAGGUGCUGGAGCUGGAGAUACAACUGGCCAACAUCACAGUGCCCCAGGACCAGCGCCGGGACGAGGAGAAGAUCUAUCGCAAGAUGAGCAUCGCCGAGCUGCAGGCCCUGGCGCCCUCCAUGGACUGGCUGGAGUUCCUGUCUUUCUUGCUGUCACCGCUGGAGCUGAGUGACUCUGAGCCUGUGGUGGUGUAUGGGACGGAUUAUUUGCAGCAGGUGUCAGAGCUCAUCAACCGCACGGAGCCAAGCACCCUGAACAAUUACCUGAUCUGGAACCUGGUGCAGAAGACAACCUCGAGCCUGGACCGACGCUUUGAGUCUGCACAAGAGAAGCUGCUGCAGACCCUCUAUGGCACCAAAAAGUCCUGCAUACCAAGGUGGCAGACCUGCAUCUCCAGCACGGACGAUGCCCUUGGCUUCGCGUUGGGCUCCCUCUUUGUGAAGGCCUCAUUUGACCGGCAAAGCAAGGAAAUCGCAGAGGGGAUGAUUAGCGAGAUCCGAGAUGCCUUUGAGGAAGCCCUGGGACAGCUGGUUUGGAUGGAUGAGAAGACCCGCCAGGCAGCCAAAGAGAAAGCAGAUGCCAUCUAUGAUAUGAUCGGCUUCCCGGACUUCAUCCUGGAGCCUAAAGAGCUGGAUGAUGUUUAUGAUGGGUAUGAAGUCUCUGAAGAUUCCUUCUUCCAGAACAUGCUGAAUUUGUAUAACUUCACUGCCAAAGUGAUGGCUGACCAGCUCCGAAAGCCUCCCGGCCGGGAACAGUGGAGCAUGACCCCCCAGACAGUGAAUGCCUACUACCUUCCAACCAAGAAUGAAAUUGUCUUCCCUGCUGGCAUCCUGCAGGCCCCUUUCUAUGCCCGCAACCACCCCAAGGCCCUGAACUUUGGUGGCAUCGGUGUGGUGAUGGGCCACGAGUUGACACAUGCCUUUGAUGACCAAGGGCGUGAGUAUGACAAGGAAGGGAACCUGCGGCCGUGGUGGCAGAAUGAGUCACUGGCAGCCUUCCAGAAUCACACGGCCUGCAUGGAGGAGCAGUACAGCCAGUACCGGGUCAAUGGGGAGAAGCUCAACGGCCGCCAGACGCUGGGGGAGAACAUUGCUGACAACGGAGGGCUGAAGGCUGCCUACAAUGCUUACAAGGCGUGGCUGAGAAGGCAUGGGGAGGAGCAGCAGCUGCCAGCUGUGGGACUCACCAACCACCAGCUCUUCUUUGUGGGAUUUGCCCAGGUGUGGUGCUCGGUCCGCACACCCGAGAGCUCUCACGAGGGGCUGGUGACCGACCCCCACAGCCCUGCCCGCUUCCGUGUGCUGGGCACUCUCUCCAACUCCCGUGACUUCCUGCGGCACUUCGGCUGCCCUGUCGGCUCCCCCAUGAACCCAGGGCAGCUGUGUGAAGUGUGGUAG